UUUUUUGACGUUAAGGGAUCAAACCAGAGAGAAGUACUUGUAACUUGGGAAACCACAUGUGCCGUGACAAGGGGAGGGGGUGGCAUUUUUCAUACUGUCCUGUCAUAUCUUCCCGCUUCUAUGCUUCAGCGUGUAAGGGUGUCAUUUUAGGAAAGGAACUUUGUUUUUGAAAGCCAGUGGCAGAAAACAACUAACCUCGAGCCUACAUUGAAAUUAUUGAAAAACUUAGUAGAUUGAGCUUUUCCUAGGAACAUGUUGGGGCCUCGCACUAGAUCAUUUUUUCGACAGCUUUUCUAGAUGUCCAAAUGUAGAAGUGUGCAAUUUUUAAGCUUGUGUUUUAGCUACUUCUCUGAAUUCUAUGUCCUCAUUUUCACAUGCUUUUAAUUUUAUGUGAUCUCUUCCAAUGGGGAUUUCCCUUUCAAAUUCAUUAAUAUUUUAUUUAGAAGGCUGUCUUAUAACUUCUCCAUAAGUGACUAAUCUGUCCUUUGGGGAGGGGAAUCUCCCUCUGUUGUCUACUUCCUCAGACACUUGCCAAAGACUUUCACGUUUGUCAGAAACUUCCUGCAGAACUCUCAAAAGUUUCAGUCAAAACACUGACUGUUGGAAUAAACUGGAGGAAACCUAACCCCUGUUUGAGUUGCAAGAGUCAUAUCUGGGGUAUUGGUCCACAGAGAAGCAAGUUUAGCCAGGCCAUUACUGAGCAGUCAGGAAUUCAUUACAUGGGGCUUGUUGAAUGAAUCAAGUGGAUGUUGAAAAACUGGAGUCCAUAACGCUGAUCGCUCUCUCUUUCCCUGGGAAACUUGCUCAGAGUUGCUGUGCCUGGUGGUGAAAUCAUGUUCAGCCCUGUCUUCAAAGCCGAUCGCCUUCGGGUCAACUUGCAACUGGCUGUCAAUCGCCUAAAACUCCUGGAAAGAAAGAAAGCCGAGCAGGCCCAGAAAGCAAGGAAGGAGGUUGCUGACCAUCUGGCUGCUGGGAAGGAUGAACGAGCUCGGAUCCGAGUGGAGCACAUUAUACGAGAAGACUACCUGGUGGAGGCCAUGGAGAUCCUGGAGCUGUAUUGUAACCUGCUCCUGGCUCGGUUUAGCUUGAUCCAGACCACAAAGGAACUGGAUUCUGGUUUGGCUGAAUGUGUGUCUACACUAAUAUGGGCAGCAACUCGACUCCAGUCAGAGGUGCCUGAGUUGAAAAUAGUAUCUAAUCAGCUGUGUGCAAAGUACAGCCAAGAAUAUGGUCAACUGUGUCGAACCAAUGAGAUUGCAACUGUCAGCUCUCGGCUAAUGUGUAAAUUAAAUGUGAACACUCUACCCCAGGUUCUAGUGGAACAGUAUCUGAUCGAAAUUGCUAAGAACUAUAAUGUGCCAUAUAAACCCAAGGCACCCAUUAUGGCUGAAGCCCCGGGAGACCUGGUUAGUGUUGGAUUUACCGAGGAUGUCAAGAAAGGUGCCAUUGGCAGUGGAGGUGGAACUGCAGCCGGACCUGAUGACCCACUUCUGGCAUCGACAGUAUCUACAUCAGGGCCCUUACCUGUGCCAUCCCCAGGCCCUGGUUUCUCAUCCCUUCCCCCUGAAAGACAGAAUGACUCCUACAAGAAUGAUUUGCUUCCUGUACUGGUUCCUGGUUCGGAAUUCAACCCCCAAACUUCUCCAAAGCCAGCAUCAAGAGCCAAGAUUGGUUUUGAUAACUUUAUGCUGCCUGAUUUGCCUGAUGUAAAACCUCAAGCAAGCCUUUCCAUUGACCCUUAUGAUUGUGAGGAGGUUGAUUUUGAAGACCUUGACCGGAGACUUGAAAUGCUGAAGAAAGCCACAUAAUUCCUUAGUUCUGGAUUGAGUAUUUGCCUGGGACUUGGAAUCCCUGGGCACAAAUUUUAAUAUGGCCACCGAUGUGUGGGUGUGAAGUUUUCUCAUUUACAAUUCCUUCCAUCCCUUAAAUUCUAUGGUUCUCUGUCUGUAAUAAUGUUUGUGUAUGUUUCUGUUUGUGUGCAUAUACAUGUAAUCAUAUAAUUAUUCCUGUUUCUUAAAAUUCUAUAAUUCUAUAGAAUUCUAAAAUUCUAAACUUGUAUAAUUCUUUUCCUUAAAAUAAUGUAAUUCUUAGGUGAAGAUUCCCGACCUACAGAAUUGUAUUAAUU